CCUUACUUCACUCUUAAUCCUGAUAUUUGAUAUUAGGUUUUCCCCAUUAUUGAUUGAAGCCCCUGAAACCUUGAUUUGAGAAUAAUCAGACUAGAUUAGUUUAGCAAAAUUUUUAUUUUUCUUUUCUGUCGGUCUCCCGAUAAAUUUAUUCGAGCCCAAAACCCAAUGUGAUAAGAAAUUCUUGGAAAUAUCGAUCGUCUCACUAUUUCUCUAGUCGCUGGACAUUCUUCCCUUUCAACAUCAUCCACGGUAGAAAGUUGAAGAGGGUGCUCUUAUUUUAGGGAUUUUGAUGGAUUCCGGAUCAUUUGUACUGAACAUUAGUUCAGACGAAGAAGAUUGUGAAGAGACUAGAGGUGAAAGAAGUGAAACAGUAGGGGACGACUUUGAAGAAUUCUACUGGGAAAUGGGGGAUUUUGAAACGGAGGAUUUUGAGGGGAUCCAUAAAGUGUUCGAUGAUCCAAAUGAUGUAAUCCUGGUCAGUGAUGCAAAUGAAAUAGAUAAUGAUGAUGAUGAUGAUUGUAUGAUCUUAGAUGGUGAUCCAGAUGAGCCAAUUUCCAUUAAGAACGAUUCAGCUAUUGAUGAUUCAGAUGAUUUGGUUAUUGUUGGAGCAAAGGGUCAGAUAGCUUGUAGAGAUUUUCCUCAUCCUCGCCACCUAUGUGCCAAUUAUGAAUUUGACACCACCCAACAUGAGAAGUAUUGUAGCCAGUGCCACUGUUAUGUUUGUGAUGCACUCGCACCAUGUGUUCAUUGGGGCAACGGCAUCUCCAAAUUUGACCACUGCCACGCCACUGAAAAAAGUCAUUAUUGGAAGCAUGAGAGGAAACAAAGCAAGCAAGGAGAUGAAGCUCUUCCUCAACCUCCUAAAGUAACUGACUUCUAUUCCAAUGGAGGAGAGCACCUAAGCCUUAAUAUUCGUUCACGUUCUACAACAGUCGCUGCAAAUCGUGUUGCCAGAUGUAGUAGUAGACCCAAUCAUCCACCUGGUUUCCCAAAUUCCCAUGUUUCCAGAUGUAGUCCUCCACCCGGUUUCCCAAAUUCCAGACUUCGUCAUAUUAUUGGCAUGCGUACAACAUUCAAACGUUCAGGUGGAGAUGUCUUGGCAAAUAACGGAUUUGGGUUUAAGAGACUACCCUCCCUAUCAGAAUCCCGAUCUUUUCAAUCUACUGCAUUCUCUUUGCCUGAGCCCAGCCAGAGUUUUGAUCAUACAUUGCCUAUCAAUUUGGUUUCUUCUGAACCACAUAUAUUGCUGAACCCGUUACCAUCUCAAUCUCCCAAGACUUCCUCUGAGCAAGAGAAUGGGGAGAAUUCCAUUUUGAAUUCUCAGUCUUUUACACAACCUGAAUCACCCAAUCACUUGUUUGUGAACUCAACUUAUGAUAUCCCACCAGAUGACAACCAACAUAUUAGUAAUGGUUGGGAUGCUCUCCACUUUGGUUCAGAUAUCUCUCAUAAUCAAAAUCAUGAUUUCUCAAGCCCAAUAUAUGAUCCAUGUUUUCCUAAUGGAAACGGUUCUAGUUCUCUGGGGGAGUUUGAUACUGACCCUUGGCUAUUUGAUCCAUCUCCUUGUUCUUUGUCUCCAGUGUUGGAUGUAGUAUACCCUCCAGAACCUCCUCCUACUAUGGACACUGAACUCUUUUCACCUUACAACUUCCUGGAGAUGCCGCCUUAAGUUUUCGGUGCCUGCAGAGGGAGAGGUAAGUUUUUAUUUAUUUAUUUGUUUUUUUUUCACGAUGACAAUAGAAACGGUUUGAAGUCUUUAACAACAUCCACCUAAAAUUUGUUAUGAGAUAAUGUAUAAAUUAUGUUUGGUUUCUUUUU